AGAAUCGUUUCGGGGAACCGAAUCUCAGCGCUUGACACGCCUCUUAUCUUCCUCAUUUUGGAAACGGGACCCGAUUAACUAAAAGUGAUGAGCUCUGGCUGUAAUUGUGACUUUUAGAUAGACUUGUAAACAUGGCUGUAUAGUUCUGUAGACUAUAGACUUCCAGAGAGGUGUGUGUGCUAUCUGUCUCUCUACGGCGGUUGGUUAAAUCCGUGACGUAUCUAACUAGCUUAGCUUAGCUUAGGUCAAACGUUUGAGCCUUUUUUGGCGGUGUUAUGAACAACAAACAAGGAAACGUUUUAUUUCUUUUUUAAUCGACUGUAUGUCUUUAAUGCCAGACGGGUUUAGUUUUUACAGAGAUGUCAACCGAGUGAAACCUUUUAAAAGCUUGGAUAUGAAACUUUUUGGCUAGGUCGCUAACGCUAGCAAGUCAAGCAGCAGGUAGCAAAUCUGAGCAAACUUUGUUUGGCUCGAGACGGUUUUUCGCAGUCGCGUUUAGUUCAUCAUUAGCUAGCUAAGUUGGUUUGGUGGAUCAUGUGCUAUUUUCUCGCGUUUUUCAUCAAGUAAACGGCUGUCGAUAAAAUGUCAUUGGAAGAUUUUGAGCGGCAUCUCGCGUCUCUUUCGGACUCGGGCUGCGAGUCAGUGAGCGGCGCCCCGGCUCCAAGCUUGUUCAGCGGCGAGGAAGAGAAGCUGCACUACAUCCCCAUUAGGGUCCUGGGCAAAGGGGCUUUUGGGGAAGCCACCUUGUACCGACGAACAGAGGAUAAUUCCUUGGUGGUUUGGAAGGAGGUUGAGCUGACCGGUCUCUCGGAUAAAAAGCGCAGAGAUGUCAUGAAUGAAAUCAGCAUCCUGUCCAUUCUCCAGCAUAACAACAUCAUAGCAUAUUACAACCACUUCACUGACAAGAACACCCUGUUGAUUGAGCUGGAAUACUGCAAUGGUGGAAAUCUGUAUGACAAAAUUAACCAACAGAAGGGGCAACUCUUUACACAGGAGGUUGUUAUAUGGUAUCUGUUCCAAAUUGCAUCAGCUGUGGUGCAUAUUCAUAAAGCUGGUGUUCUGCAUAGGGAUAUAAAAACAUUAAAUAUCUUCCUCACCAAGACAAACUUAAUAAAGUUAGGAGAUUAUGGUUUGGCCAAAAAGCUGGAUUCAGAAUACUCAAUGGCAGAGACAUGUGUAGGCACUCCAUACUACAUGUCACCGGAGCUUUGUCAAGGGGUCAAGUACAACUUUAAAUCAGACAUCUGGGCCAUGGGCUGUGUAUUAUUUGAGCUUCUAACGCUCACCAGGACCUUUGAUGCAACGAAUCCCCUAAACCUGUGUGUGAAGAUCGUCCAGGGCAACUUUACAAUGGAAAUGAACUCUGAUGUUUAUUCCAAAGACCUCAUCCAGAUAGUCUACGCAUGCUUAGAUCAGGAUCCAGAGAAGAGACCUACUGCUGAUCAGAUUCUUGACCUGCCCAUCAUCUCCUGUGAUAAACAGAAGUUGGAGGCACGUGUGGCUGCACUAAAUUCAGCCAUAAAGAAGCCCAGGUUGAGCACAGUAUCAGACACCUCAGUUGCUGUAGUAACCACCCGUUCCAGAGAGGUGUAUUUCUGGGGUGGAGGGAAGUUCACCCCUCAGAAACUGGACGUGUUUAAGGGCGGUACUAGUGCACAGCAAGUGUGUGCAGGGGAGACACAUUUUGCUGUGGUUACUGUGGAGAAAGAGAUUUACACUUGGGCUAGUGUGCAAGGUGGUGCUAAAAUGGUGGGUCAGCUUGGGCAUGGGGAUCAGGCCUCAUAUCGACAACCUCGCAAGGUGGAACGUCUACAGGGAAAAGCCAUCAGGCAGGUGUCUUGUGGGGUAGACUUUACUGCCUGUGUGACUGAUGAGGACCAAAUGUAUAUGUUUGGCUCAGACUAUUACGGCUGUAUAGGUGUGGACAAUGAAAUGGGUAUGGAAGUUCUUGAGCCGGUUUUUCUGGAGUUCUUUCAGGAACGUCCAGUGAGACAGGUAUCCUGUGGAGACAACCAUGUGGUAGUGCUCACUCACAGUGGAGACAUUUACUCCUGGGGCUGUGGAGAACAUGGUAGACUUGGAAUAGACUGUGAAGAUGACUUUCCUUCUCCUAUGCUAGUGAAAGUACCAAAGGGGGCCUGUAUUGACUCAGUGUGCUGUGGCAGUGAUGGAACAUUUUUCCUUACAGAGUCUGGAAAAGUCUUGGCCUGUGGAAACAACGAGUUUAACAAGCUAGGCCUUAAUCAAGGCAUUACUGGUAUCAAGAACCACUCUAGGAAGGUUUUUCAGGACAUACCAUAUACAACAACUCUGACUUUAGUAAAGCUGCUUGCCCACUUUAAGAUCCAAAUCAUUGCCCCUGGGAAGACCCAUACAGCAGCAAUUGAUGAACGGGGGCGCCUGGUGACCUUUGGUUGCAAUAAAUACGGUCAGCUUGGUGUAAGGGACUUUAAGAAACAUCAAGGCGUUCAACUGCUUUUGGGACAGUUUGGGGGAAAAGUUGUCUCCAAAGUGUCCUGUGGAGAUGGCUUCACAAUUGCUGCCACAGAGGAUAAUCAAAUCUUUGCCUGGGGAAAUGCAGGAAAUGGACGUUUAGGUAUGCCUGCUGAUCGAGAAUUUGGCUCUGAGGUUUGCCCUGCUCUUCCUCGUCCCAUAUUUGGUUCCCUACAUCACGUGCCUGACUUGUCUUGCAGGGGUUGGCACACAAUCAUUAUCAUGGAAAAGCUGCUUAACUCCAAAACAAUACGUUCAAACAGUAGUGGACUGUCCAUUGGAAGUGGGAUUGGUCAGAGCUCCAGCUCCUCUUUGGACUUGGAAAUUGAGCCUGUGUCAGACUCUGAGCUGCGAGAGGGCAUUAUGGGAGGCACUGUGGAGGUUGACCUCAAGGAGAGAGGUCCUGAGACGCCAUCAAUGGCUUUAAUGGAGUGCAAGACAAAUGAGAGUUCUUGCCCAUCUUGGCUCCGCAAGGAGCUGCUGGAUGCUGAAUUCAUUCCCCUGCCUGAUGGCUCCAGAGAUUCCAUAUCUAAUCCUCUGGCUUCAUCCUUUACAGAACGUGCUACACUCCCCUAUGAAGAGCUUCGAGAACUAAAGGCUGCUGCUGUAGCUGCUGCUAGUGUAAAUGGGUUGAUGCAAACAGCAUGGGUAGACCAUGAGGGCAUAAAUGGCUUGGACUCUGGAGCUGGGAAGAAAAGCAACCUGCCACAACAAUGUGCACAGCAGACUUGCUGCCAAGCGAGCAGUGAGCUUGCACAGCUUAAAGAAAUGAUGAAAAAGCAAGAUGCAACAAUACAGCUGUUACAGAAAAAGUACAAUGACCAACUCCAAGAGAAUGAGAGGCUCUGGAAAGUCAUUAAUGACCUUAAAGAAGGAUCUGAUCAUUGUGAGAAAAGUAACCACCAUGGAGGUCUACCUGAUGAUAAAGAUGAUUGAGACAACACAUGAAAUUUAUAACAACAUGCAGACAAAAAUAUCUUCUGAACUGAAUCCUUAGUGAGUGACCAGCUGAAGGUGAUGUUAGUCAAAAAAUGUCAUUUGGACUUCAGUCAUCACAGCAUGUGAGGAAGGACAGUGCAUUACAAAAUAUUUUUGUUGCCUCUUGGUAGAAAUCCAAGUAUAUACUCUUUUUAUACCAUUACAAGGUUAUCUUAGUUGGUUACAGCGUUCCUGCUGCUGUCUGUUUAUGUGCAUGUCAAGCACCAAUGUAUAAUCUUUUUUUUUUUUUUGAUUCUUGAACCACAAUAUGAACAGUUUGGCUUCAGGAUUGCACAAGACAAGACAAACCUUUAAACUUGUCUAUUUGGAUUAUGGGAGCUUUAAGACAGCACCUGCCAAGCUUUAAGCUACUUAACAUUCGUUGCCCUAUUAGUAUGCAGUGUUGAUUUCUUCACCAAAAUGCCUUAAUUUUUAUUAUUUUUUUCACAGGAGAGAUAAUGCAUAGACAUUUCCACUGGUUGUGGAUUAUAGGGCCUUAAAAUUAGUUAUGCAAAAAAACAUAUAUAUUUUGUCCCUUAAUAUACUUUAUUUUGAAGUAUUCUUGAAAUCUAUGCAACUAAUGUGACUUAAUUUCAAACAUUGAAUCCGUUAUGCACGAAUAUGUGUAUAUGAAUGGUUUUCAUAUAUCAUCCAAGAAUGUGUGACGAUAAAUGUACUACUGAUUUACAGGUUAUAUAUGCUUGUCUCCCCCUUGUGGUUACAGUGUGUAUUUUGUAUAGUGUAGGUUACACUAGAGAGAUGACUUAUUCCUGGAUGUUCUUUAUGCAAGAGUUUCUAAAUGUGGGUUAAUCGUGGGGUGCUUCUUAUUUUUUUUAAUCGCACCUCUUUGUUUUCUUCCUAGUUUAUUUGACCGGGCACAUAUUUACUAAUUGAUAUGUCUUUGCUUCAUGAAGCAUCACAUUAAGGCAACUUAUUAUUUUUCAUGGGGCAAAAUGAAUCUGCAUAUACCCUGCAUGGAAUUUUAAUUGCUUUUAAGGUUUUUAUUUUUGCCCAUACGUUACUUGUAGUGCUUUAGAUAUUUGAUUAUAUGGGAGUGGUGGAGCGUUUAAAGGUGCAAUAUUUUUUUUAACCUUACCUGUUGAAAUAACCUGUUAAAUUUGUAGAAUAUGAUAAAAGAAGAAGAAAAAAACAGAUGGAUUUGGCAAACCGACUUGUUUGGAAGCACCUUGUGUCCGCCACCGUAGAUAUUUUUACAUGUAUUUUCUUGUUUUAAAAACUUUUUUUUUAUUCAUUUGAGUGCAUUUAAAUAAUUGGUGUGUCUUGUUGUGGUGAGGUAACAAUUGUUUCCACUACUAUGAUUUACUUUCAUUUUCUCCUUCAGUUUUAUUAUAUUGAACUUAGGAUUUUUUUUUUAAAUUUUUUUUUUGCAGUUCACCUGUUUUGUUGAAAUAUUUUCCUAGAAAUGUUUUCAGGGUUUUGUGUGUGCAGGGUACUCUGUUACAGCCAAACCGGCCAAACCUGAUGCAUUACAUUAUUCCUUUGUCUUUGUGUAGUACUAAAUCCUGUAGAUAACAUUUUUCAUCAAAAUAUCAUGCCAAAGUGGGUGCUUCCUGAGCACAACAAAAUCACCUGUUUUUUUUAAAGGUACAGUAAAGCCAAAGAUUUUUUUUUUGUGUGUAUGUGUACAUUGCAUAAUUCUAUUUUUGUAUUUUUUAUGUUCAUUCUCUUUUCAUGCUCCAUAUGUUAAUGAUGGACAUCAAAAUUGUUGACAUCUGCUUUACAAACCCUAAGCUGUAGCCUAUGAACCAUUAAGUGCCUUGAUAAAGCAGGUUAAUGCGAUUUAUGAUGGUAUAUAAUGUUUCUGCUUUCCAAAUUCCUUUAUUUUGUUGAGAUUUUCAUAUUUCAUAUCAGAUAUAUAUUUAGUUCUUUUCUACAUUGAUGUUUGUCUACUGGAUGUUUUGAAGUGUUUUCCAUAUGUAACUGCAUACACUUAAGAGGAUUGCAUGAAUUAUAAUAAUAAAAGCACUUGAGUUUUAA